CAACUUGAAACAACCCCUCAGCCACUUGCUUUCUCCAGGAUUUAAAUUAAAGACAUUAUGAAGGGUGCUAUUCUACUACUUUAAGUCUGUCCGUCAUGUCUGUGCUAAUUCUUGCCGUCGUGGGGUAUUCCAUGUACAAACAGAAGAGGGAUGAAGUCGAAUUCAAAGACUUCCCGGUGGAUUUAGAUGUCCGUUCUUUCUUUGAUACACAAGAUGGAACGCAAGAUGGAACAAAAGAUAGAGCUAAAACCAAGACGAAAAGAGCAUUUGUAAACUUUCUCCCCGCCGAAAUAAAGAUGUGUCGGUAUGCGAACUCAUUGACAACAAUUACAUUUUAUGAGGGAGAUUAUCGAAAGAUACGAAAAGAUUUAGAACGAAGAGUGAACAACGUGCUGGAAGCGAAUCCAUGGUUGGGCGGACGGUUGGCAGUAAAACCUGGUGACGAUCAACUAAGAUUGUGGUACGAUCCAACUGGCGUUGAUUUACCACCCGAUAUAUACACCUGUUACGAACCGGGCAUUAUUCCAUUGAAGCGGACUACGCAGUACGCACAAUACAAGGAUUGUCUCGCCGAUCACGACGUCGUGGUGCCUCGGAGCCACGAAUUAGUAGGGAAGAAUAGGCCUCUGUGGCAAGUUACCGUGGUGCCAGACAUUGUCGAACAAAACGAGCGAUUCGCCAUCGUUGUCAGCCAGUCGCAAAUGAUCGGCGACGCAUAUACAUAUUAUCAGAUUUUUCACAUGCUGUUCAAUUCGAGAAAUAAUACCAUGGAGGUUUUGGUCAAUACGGCACCGGUAGAAAAGUUGAAUCCAAUUCGUAGGGCCGAUGUACAGCAUUAUGUCGAAGAACACAUGGGACUUCAAGAAGCAUCCUACGUGAAAAAAUCCAAUUCGAACGUGAUCGACGAAGUUUAUGACAUGGUUAGCUUCCACAAAAAACAAGCGAUGAUGUUUACCGUCUCCGAGAGUUGGCUGAAAACUAGAACGGAAAAGUGCAUAGCGGACAAACGGGAGAGGGACAAAAGCGAAUUCAUUGCUAAAUUCUGCGAGGCCGCCGACGGCAACCACGAUGGAAAUAUCACCCCGGAACCUCGUCGUCGGACGUCAUUUUUGUCGACAAGGAUGAAAUCAUCAAGAUCUUUCUCCGAAGUCCUUCCGGACAAGACUGGUGACGGGAAGGAAGAACCAUCCGCGAUGGCGACCAGAAAAGCAGCAAUGGCAGCAUGGGAGUCUUCUAUCAAUGAUCGCGAUCGCUUCGACGACAUUGAUCCUACCGAUGUCUUGCUAUCGUGGUGGUUUUGUAUAUCCAAUGCCGAUAUCGGGCUGUAAGUAUCUAGACCUGCAACAAUAUUUGGUUCCAUUAGUGCUGUCUCCGUUGAUAUAAUUUUUGAGCUAACGCGUUCUCAAUUCUUGUGUUCUUCUGUUGUUUGUCCUCCCAGAUAUCCCCACCACUUGCGAAAAUCAUUGGCCGUACUUUCGGACACUGACGCCGGGAACUAUAACACCCCGAUUCCUUUCAGAAAGGCCGACUACCAGACACCUCACCAGAUACACGAAUCCAUCAAUACGGGCAAACGAGUUGGUUCCGAGCAGUCUCAGAGACCACUGCCGCGGAUCACAACUCAUUAUUCGUUUGCGAUGGGUGUCGAUUGGGACAAGCUCUAUUCCGACCUGAUGCCGAGGGGGAGUGGCACGGGGGACCAAACCGAGCCGAGCAAUCCCGGGGGCAACGAAGAUGGAAGCAUCGACGGCAACAGCGACGGCUUUGUGCAAGACCUCCACGUUCCCCUUUUCACGGACACCGACAUCAACGCCAUGCCCGCCAGGAAGGACGCUUGUCUCAUUUUUACGGCCAGGGCCGGGAAAGACCACCCCGGUGGACGAACGAUCGGGAUGUUUCUGGUAGCCAGCAGAGCCGUUUGCGAGCGGGUGUCCGCGUGUGGCAUCGUCGACCGGGGUGCUUCCUCGAGCACGAUGGCGGGCAUCACGGAAAGUGGCAGGGGCGGCCCGGUCGUCGACUUUGGUCCGGGAACGAGCCCCCGAAAGGUCGGGGUCGUGGCGAGCGACCGUCAGUGACCGGCAACCCCAACAAGAGUCGGGGAGCGCGCAGAAACCAGCCCGGGCGACGGCGCGGUGCGGCGCCGUGGGAUUGGGCGUUACCGAGACGGUCUUUUGCCCGAAAGAGCAUCUUAGUGAGAGCGCCAAAUCCUUACGGUCUAGCGUCGUCAGGGAUCGCGAAGAAACUGGUGCCGAUGAAGGUUUCUUGGGAAAUCGUUGCGUCAAGCCACGUGCUAAAAUAAUACGUACAAUGAACUGCUAUCCUAUUACUACAAUACAUAUGACGAAUACGA